UACUUGUUUGUUAAAAGGGCUUUAUUAAAGUUAGUUGUUAGCUUAAGAUAAGGCACGUUCAGCAGUUAAAUCGUAGCUUGGUCGUUCGACUUCGCUGCUGAGUCAUCAAUUGGAUCAAACGACGAUAAACAAGUGUAUGCUUGCACGCACACACAUAUACGAAUAUAAACAUUGCGGUUGUCCUAAUGGAAACCCCCACGCAUACAUGCAUACAGAAUGUCGGCUCUUUAUCUGAAAGCAACGCAACUUUAAGUCAAUUGAAAUGAGCAACUCAAGCAAUUUUGCAUACGGCUCAGUUGCAAAUCGAUUAUGGAGGAAGCACCACACGCCCAUGAAAGCCUGUUCGGCAAAUCCCAGCGGCAUAGCCAUGAUGCAGACAGCCGGAAUAGUUCUAGCAGCAUCAGUGAGGCAAGCCUUGACGAGCAGGAUGCUGUAGUGCCAACUGUCAGCCUUGAGCCCAAUUCAGAUCAAAAUCGAGAGCCCAAUCCGGGAGCGGCUGCCCAGAUAUGCGCACAGCCAAGUACUUUUCUUUUGGAGCCGCUGAUCUUGAUCUUGCUCUUCUCAUAUAAUUUCUCCUCCACCAUAUUGAAAACUCAGAUCAUCUAUCAGAGCUGCACGGCGGGCUUUGGUUACCCGGAAACGCUUUGCAGCCUGCUGGGCACACGAAAUACCACGAAUGAGACAAAGCGCAUCGAAGCUGAGGUCCAGCCCUACGCAGCACGAGUUUUCCUAACCAUCAAGAUCGUCGAAUGCAUUGUGCCCGCCUUCAGUGGUCUAUUCAUUGGCGCCUUGGCGGAUCGCUAUGGACGCAAGCCUCUGCUGUUGGCUUCCUACUUAGGCUAUGCUCUACAGUACAUACUUUCCGCUGCUAUCGCGUAUGUGUCUAUGCAACGCCAUGGACUGGUUAGCCCUUGGCUCUACGUGAUAACCAUCAUUCCGCUCUCGCUGCUGGGCAACAGCGUCACCUACUCCGUGGCUGCUGUUUGCUUUAUAGGCGAUGUCUCCACGGGCAAAAUGAGAUCCUAUAGAAUGAUCGCCUAUGAGCUGUGCAUCUAUGUGGGCCUGCUGCUGGGCAGCUUUGCCUCUGGCUACGUCUAUGAGGCCAGCAAUGCCUACGUUAUCUUUGUUAUCUCAGCUGCUUCGAUAUUGUUUGCGCUGUUCCUCAUGGCCGCCCUGCUGCCCGAGAGUUUGCCACAGCGACAGCUCUCCGAAGGCUUCGUCGUGCGGGAGUUGUGGCAAAGCUGUGCGAGGGGACGUCUCUUCCAGGAUCGCCCCAUACUCGUGCUGCUGAUGUGUGUGCUGCUGCUCACAGCCUUUGUGUCGGAUGGCAGCAACUCCGUCUUCUAUCUGUUCAUGCGCGCCAAGUUCCAUUGGAGCGUACGUGACUUCACCAGCUAUGAGUCGGUGAGCAUUCUGGUGCCCGCUGUGGCCGGCUCGGGUGGCAUUCUGUUUCUAUGGCUGCUGCGCCAGUGCAGCGGAUCAGCCAUUUUGUGGCUGGCACUCAUCUCGCUCCUGAGUCACGCGGCGAGCAGUCUGAUGAAAGCUUUUGCCUUUGUUGACUGGCAAAUCUAUCUAGCGAUUGGCUUGGGCCUCUUCAAAUCCCUGGUGAAUCCCAUGUGCCGCACGAUGAUAACGAAUCUCUUGCCAGCCGAUGAGCGAGGCAAAGUCUUUGCGCUGUUGAGCGUGCUGCAGACGCUUUCGCCGUUCGCCUCGUCCACGCUGUAUAUCAUCUUCUAUACGCUCACGCUGAGCACUGCGCCGGGCUUCUUCAACCUGAUCAGCGCCAAUCUGUUUGGGCUGGCGAUAAUCUUGCUGCUCGUCGUCUGGCGAAAGAAAUCCAGAUAUCCCGCACACUAUGAACCGAUUUUUAAAUGAUACUUAAAAAAACAA